AGUUGUUGCUUGUUGCUGCACAAAGCUACAUCAUGUCGCUAUCAAAUGAUCAAGUUAAUUUACCUUUUCGCUGUGAUUAUUGCCAGCGAACCUUUAAACACAAAAGAAGUCGAGAUCGACACAUAAAAAUUCAUACAGGUGAUCGACGAUACAAAUGUAACAAUUGUGAGUCUGCCUUUUCUCGAAGUGAUCACCUCAAGAUUCACAUGAAAACUCAUGACAACAUGAAACCUCACCAAUGUUCAACCUGUAAUCGAGGUUAUUCAACAGCAGCUGCAUUAACAUCACACAUGCAAAACCAUAAAAGGUCAACAUUAAAAGUAAAAUCAACCGUUGAAUGUAAACCUUUUGUGCGUUACAAGGAUAAUGUUGAAAACAGUGAGGUUAAAGCAAAUGUGGACAAAAAGAUGAUUAAGAAUGGUGAAAAGAGCGUUUCACCGAGCAAUUCAUUGGCUGAAAGUGACCAUCAAACCUGCCAACAGCAACAAGUUACCUGUGGUCUAUGUGGUAACAAAUGUACCUCACUUGAUACUCAUAUAAGAGAAAGUCAUCUUCAUCAUCUUCUUUUUGCUGGUUUACUUCAAAACUCUUUCUAUGGUGCAUCCAUUGCUAAUUGGCAACAAUUAAUGCCAAGUCCAACAACACCGGGAUUAGUUGCUGCUGCAGCUGCAGCUGUUGCUGCAUCUUCUUCAUCUUCAUCGUCAACAUCAUCUUCAUCACCCACAACCAAUACUUGCAACAAUCUCAAUCAAAAUCACCAGUUUAAUGAGAAUCUCAAGAAUGGACAAUAUUUAGUCCAACAAUCUAAAUCAAAAUCAUUCCCAUCCAAAGCAAGUUCAUCUUCACCUAAUCACAAUUGUGAUUCAAAAGUAAAUAGUUCACCUUAUUGUUCAUCAAAUGAUUCAAAUAUCCCUUUCUUGUGUAAUCAAUGUUCACCUUCACCAUCAUUUCCUGAUUUCGAGUCAUUCCGUGUUCACCUUAAAUCACAUCUUCUCGCCUCAUCUUCAUCUUCAUCUUCAUCAUCCUUAUCAUCCUUAUCCCCUGGAUCUCUACCAACCAAUUUAGAUCUACUCAAUCCCAUUCUGGGUCCAUCCAUGAUUCAUGGUCAUCAUAAUUUAUCUCGCCAUCAACAACGUUCUUGUCCAUAUUGUGAAACAAUUGUUACCUCUGACUUGGAGAACCACAUAAUCAGUUCACAUUUAGCUUCAACAGUAUCCUCAUUCACUUGUGAAUCUUGUAAAAAAGUAUUUACUAAAUCAGAUGAUCUAACGAAACACCUAAUGGACUAUCAUUCCCAUCAUCUGUAUCAAUGUUCAAUUUGUCGUGAAAUGUUUGAUACUGAUGUCACUUUACAAGUUCACUUUGCAGUUAAACAUUCAAACCAAUGUAAAGUAUUUAAAUGUUCAAUUUGUAAUGAACUUUGGCCAAAUGAAAACGAUUUCAAAGUUCACCUUAAAGUCGCUCAUUUCUCAAACCCAAGUCUAGUCAACCACCACAACCUUGCUCAUCAACACCAACACCAACAUCAAACCACUAACGGUGUUCAUCCAUACUCACCAAGUGCCUAUCGUCAUUUACCUUCAUCUUUGGUAACCUCAACGAGUAACUCAAACAAUGGCAAUAACACCAAUCCUCAUCACAACUUAACAGUUAACAGUUUAACUGCGGCAGCAUUCCAACUAUUUGGUCCAAAAUCGUACUUCAAGUGUCAAUUUUGUUCAGAUGAAUUCCAAAUUGAAUAUCUAUUAGAGAAACACAUUGAAUUUGUUCAUGGACCACAAUUAGCAUCACACUCAUUACCUUACAACCAAUUGAAGCGAUCAAGUCCAGCAAUGGGUUCACCUAAAAGUGAACCUAAAAAGCGUAAAUUGGAUUCGACUAAUGGAAACGAUGAAAUAAACAUUGAUUCAGAUGAUAUUGAUGAAGAGAAAGAUGUCGAUGAAGAUGUUGUCGAUACAAGUAAUGAUCAAAAGGAAAGUGAAACCAAUGAUGAAAGGUCAUCUUCACCAACAAAACGUCGCCUCAUUGAAUCACCCAAACCUUCAACACCUUCACCAACCGAACCAUUAACAACCGUAACAUCAUCUUCAUCCUCCUCAUCACCACCAUCAACCUCUUCACCAAUCCUUGGUAAACCCGGUAAAAGCUCAAUAAAAUGUGUUAAAGGUGAUUAUCUCAAUUUUUAUAGCCCACUUUGGACUCCUUAUACUCGACUCAUUCAAUCCUCAGCAACUUCAUUGAUGAUUAAUUAAGUUACGAGAUUCAUGUUCAAUAAAUCUCUUGACUUGACUAUUCCAAUCAACAUUUAAAGCAUGAUUAAAUGAAACUCAUUGUAAACCAACAUUUGUU